AUUUUUGUUCACAUAGUUCACACUGAUGAAUUCCUAUUUGCAACAGUAGUAUUAUGCAAUUUCAAGAAUUACGUUGAUUAAUCAAGAUUUUGAUUGUAAAUCUUUGUUAUCAUUUGCAGGGUUAAAUACCAGAGUGAAUAUGAAGUUUAUACUAAUAUUGCUAAAACAAUAUUAACAAUUAACAUACCUUUUCUUUUAACAAUGGAAAAAUUUAAAUUAUCAAUUAUUCUCCUCCUCUUCCUUCUUCCCCUUCUGAAUUCAUUGCUCGAGGAAAAACAGGUAUAUAUAGUGUACUUUGGAGAGCAUAAAGGAGUAAAAACAACCCAAGAAAUCGAAGAAAACCAUAUCUCGUAUCUAUUAUCCGUGAAGAAAACCAAGCAAGAUGCAAAGGUUUCUCUUAUAUACAGUUACAAGCAUAGCUUUAAUGGCUUUGCCGCUUUUCUCACACAACUAGAAGCCAAUAAACUUUCGGAAAGGGAAGAAGUGGUGUCUGUGUUUCGAAGCUAUCCCAGAAAGUACUCGUUGCACACGACAAGAUCGUGGGAAUUUGCGGGUUUACAAGGGGAAGAAAAUUUGAAGAAGAAAGAUUCUUUGUUGUUGAAAUCAAAAUAUGGCAAGAAUGUCAUUAUUGGAAUGAUGGACUCCGGUGUGUGGCCGGAGUCCCAAAGCUUCAAUGAUAUAGGAAUGGAUGAUAUACCGAACUCAUGGAAAGGAAUUUGUCAAUCCGGCGAUGGAUUCAACUCGUCUCAAUGUAACAAGAAAAUCAUCGGCGCUCGAUACUACAUCAAGGGCUACGAAGCGCAGUACGGCCCGCUGAACCGAACGUUGGACUACCUCUCCCCGCGCGACAUGGACGGCCACGGGACCCACACGGCGUCCAUUGCAGCCGGCCGGGAAGUCGGUGGCGUUUCAUCCCUCGGCGGCUUUGCCUUUGGCACCGCCUCCGGUGGGGCCCCGUUGGCCCGCCUGGCCAUCUACAAGGUGUGUUGGGCCCUACCGAUAGACGGUGGGGACUCGAGGGAUGGCACGUGUUUCGAUGAGGACAUACUUGCUGCCGUGGAUGAUGCAAUUCGCGACGGGGUCCACGUGCUCAGCGUCUCGAUUGGCUCGUCCCACCCAAUAACCGACGACUUCCUCGCGAUCGGGGCUUUACAUGCAGUCAAUAGGGGAAUCGUUGUGGCCAGCAGUGCCGGGAACUCGGGGCCCGCGAAGGGAACGGUGGUUAACGAGGCACCUUGGAUGAUCACGGUCGGAGCCAGCAGCAUCGACAGGCGGUUUCCCUCGCCUGUCCUACUCGGAAACGGCCAAACUAUCCCGGGACAAACGGUGACCCCGUAUAAGCUGGAGAACAACAAGAAGUAUCCAUUGGUUUUUGCAGGUCAAGUAAUCAAGACCGGCGUAGACAAAGACGUAAUCGGGCAGUGUCUACCGGGUUCCCUUUCUCUGAAAAAGGUCAGGGGAAAAAUUGUACUUUGUUUCUCAGGAAACGGAAGUCGAGCAGGCAAAGGCAUGGAGGUGAAGAGAGCCGGAGGAGCAGGCCUCAUCUUAGCAGAUAGUGAAAAGUAUGGUAAUUUGUUUCUAGUCGAGGCACACAUUCUUCCCGCCACCAGCGUCACUUAUAAAAACGCUCUCAAAAUCUACGAUUACAUUCAAUCCACAAAGCAUCCAACGGCAAGCAUCGUGCCAGCUAAGACGGUAUUGCCCGCCAAACCAGCGCCGUUCAUGGCUGCUUUCACAAGCAGAGGUCCCAACCCAAUUUUACCGUAUAUUCUAAAGCCAGAUAUCACGGCUCCAGGGCUUAACAUAUUGGCAGCAUGGAGUGAAGUUUCCGGCCCUUCAUAUUUGGUCGACGAUCAUCGUUCUGUAAAGUACAAUAUUUUGUCGGGCACAUCAAUGUCCACACCACACGUGGCGGGUGCAUUGGCUCUUCUCAAGGCCAUACACCCCGACUGGACCGACUUGAUCGACAAUGAGGGCAAUCCAAUUACCGAUGCAUAUGGCAAUCCGGCCGACCCGUUCCAAUACGGGUCGGGCCACUUCAACCCGACAAAAGCGGCCGACCCGGGACUCGUGUACAACGCUUCAUACACGGAUUAUCUUCUCUUCCUAUGCAGCAUUGGAGUUCAUAAUCUUAGUUCUACUAAAUGCCCGAAAAACCCGCCACAUCCUUUUAAUCUCAACUACCCGUCUCUGGCUAUACCCAAUUUGAACGACACGGUUACCGUUGUUAGGACUGUCACCAAUGUGGAUUGUCAUGGGCCGGGAGUCUAUUUCGCCAGUAUUCAGCCUCCACCUGGAAUCUCCGUGGAAAUACGGCCUUCUGUACUCUACUUUAGUCGAGCUGGUGAGAGCAAAAGUUUCACCAUCACGGUAAAAACUGAGGGUGGAUUUACGGGCACGAUCAAGAAAGGAGAGUAUUCGUUCGGAUGGUUCAGGUGGUCGAACGAAUUUCAUGUUGUCCAGAGCCCUAUGGCUGUUUCAGUACUAUAUUGUUUUACAGUACACAUUGUUUUCCUGAGUGAUCAUGAUGAGAGUAGAGCAGCCGAAGAAAUCGAAGAUCAACACCAUUCAUAUUUGUUAUCUGUGAAAGAAAAUGAGGAAGAUGCAAAAUCUUCUAUUAUUUAUAGUUACAAGAAUAUCGGUGGGUUUUCCGCACUUCUUACCCGGCAUGAAGCUCUUAAACUUUCCGGUGGGCAAGAAAUUUAA